UAUCCCCACCGCACUCUCGGCACCUCUUCUCUUCAGCUCACUCACACUGCGCUCGGCAAGCUUCAUUGCUUUGUCUCUCCUCUGGCUUUAUGUCUGCUUCCACACUCCGAGUCGAGCUCCCGGCGUAUUCCCAUUCGUUUCAAGUACAGGUUACUCCCUCGGCGACCGUCCGUGAUGUCAAGCACGAGAUAGCCAAGGUCUGCCCUGGUUCACCCAGUCCCGAGGGCCAGCGGCUCGUCUGGAGAGGCCGCUUUCUGAGCGACGAGGAAAAGGUCGAGGACGUCUGGAAGUCUCCGGAGGACUCUAGGGUCGUUCAUCUGGCCGUCCACCCAUCAGCCUGGUCCUCAGCCCCGCCGCCUCUUCCUUCCGCUGCUGCAGCACCCAGCUCUACACACGCCGCUUCCUUUACUAACACUCCAAGAUCUCGAACCUCUGCUGGACAGCCUACCCCGACGCCUGCAUCCUGGCAGGCACCCUUAUCUCAGCCUUAUCCUUUCUUUCAUCUCCCCUCAUCGUUCUCGCCUGUCGCCUACAUCCAGCACCUGCAUAACACCGCCUUAGGUGUCCUAUCUGCUGGUGGCAUCACGCUUCCUGCACCCCCUGCAAUCAAUGAUAUCGAGACAUGGCGCAUAGCAGCGAGGGAUCUGUAUCAUGCUCAAGGUUGGACGUGGCCCGACGUCUUCGAACAGCCCUUCCCUUCUGGUAACUCACAAGGAGGCGCUGUAUACGAAGCGGUCACGUUGGAGGGUCUCCCGUACUUGCGGCUCACGGAUCCGAACGCAACGCCUACUCCCGCCCAACUCCACGCCCUCCGUGUCCUCUCGCAUACAUUCUCUAUCCUCUCCAUGGCAAAUGACCCCAUGCUCUACGUCCCGGCGUCGGCGCAUUACCCUUCACCGUACGCCACGGCGACAAACGUGAACCAGCACUUGCACCACUUAGGCUUCCCGCAGCUGCGCCUCGCCCAUGCUCAGGGCGCGAACCCGAAUCCUCACGACGCCAACAAUCCUCUUGCCGCACCAGGCGCUCCCGGCGCAGAGAUCCGUGCGAUCCCUGUCAGGGCACUGGUUAUCCCGCUAGUGAUGCUGGCGUUCCGCACCCUUCUGUUGCUGUACUUCUUCUCGCCGUCGAAGCGUCCUCUGUUCGGCGUGCUCUUGAGCGUCUGGAUCCUGUAUGAGGCGUGGAACGCGAUGCGCCUUGUCCUCAACGAUGGAAAUGAUCGUGCGGGUCGGGGUGCAGCCAACCCCGGGGCGGCAGGUGCAGGCCAACCUGCAGCCCCGGCGGGAGGUGCGGUCCCUAACGGAGAUGCACCGGCGAACAACGCGGCAGGAACCAGAUCGACUUCUGGCGCAAUCCUCGACUGGCUGUCGACGCUCAACCUCGCCACGGAGGACGCGAUCCUCGAUGCAGACGCCCCCGUCCCUGAGCCUGGGCCGGUGCAGAAGGCGAAGAUGUUCUUCGCGCUGUUCUUCGUGACCCUCUGGCCGUCUGCCUGGGACCGUAGGCGGAACGCCCUCCGUCGGAGGGAAGGGCGCAUCCGCACUGAGGCGAACGCGCGCGAGGCAGCCAUUCACGAGAGUGAACCAGCUGUGAACACGAGCGCGGGUGGCCAAGAUGGGGAGCAACAGCAGCAGCAACAGGAGCAACAGAGGAGAGAGGAGGAGGUGAGGGCACGUCAGAGGGAGCGGCUGGUCGCGCGACAUGAGAGGAAGCCGGCGUGGUUGAAGGAGUACGUCCAGCGGGUGCAGUACACGGAGUGGGUCGACGACGCGUAGAGCGGUGUUGGCUUCAUGGUAAGUCAGUGAGGAUGGGCCGAGUGGUGGGACGCUGAUCGUGGUCUAGGUGUAGGAUAUAUAUUGAUCGCCGUGUUGGAUUGUAUAUUGUGGAUGUACUGAGCUGGAAGGUUAUGGACAAAUGCUACUAAUCCGCGAUGAGAG